AAUAAGCUGAGUGUGCGUCUCAUCUAAUAGAGCCUCGGAGCGCAUUAUCUUCCCCGUCAUCUCCGUCUGGGCGGUCGGUGCUGCGCCGUGCCGGGGAGACGUCCAGGAGAAGAUGCGUUGAUGCGAGUGGAUAUUCUCAGCCGCCGAGUCUAAUUGGUGUGAUUCAUGUCCCUGUUGAGUGGAUGAAACCUAUUCAUAGUGAGGGAGCAGGAGAGAGAGGAGAGAGUGGGGACGGGAGUCGCGCAGAGAUCCGCAAGCAGGACUGUUUGGAAAUGAAGGAAUUAUAAAACAGGAGGGACGCACGCCAGCAGCAGGUCAAAGUUUCUUUUUGUAGAAGUGGGCUUUUUCCUUUCCUGCGGACAUCACCGUGCCUCAGAUUGACGCCGUGAUGGAAUGACACUUGGGGAGAAGGAUGAUGGACACUUGGGCACCAGAGCUCCUGCUCAGAAAUCCCCCCCGUUUACACCAGGCGCGGUGCUGACCGAGCCCUCAGGACGGCGAUCAGUCAUUUGUUUUGAAGUGGCAGGAAAAUCCUCCUCUUGAUCGUUUUCUCCCCCCUCGGUCGCCAAACUAGAGUGAGAGAUGGUGCACACAGCGAUUCCUUAGAGACUGACGUGCGUACUCAUCACAUUCCCGUAAAGGAGCGCUUCUUAAAGAGCUUCUUUCUUCAUUCAUGUUCAUUCUGCUGCUCUGAACUUGUUGAACGGCGUUAGAGAGCAGGGGGACAGGGGAGUAUCCCGCACAACAAAUCACCAGAUCGCCACGCAGGAAGAGGACCAUGAUUGACAGCCAGGCGAGCUGAGGAGACCUGUCACUCAUCUUCCUAUCAGCGUGUCAGAGGGCUAUCUCCUUCUCGCCUUCCCCCCUCUUCCUCCUCCUUCUCCUCUACCAUCCUCCUUCCUCCCUCAGUCCUCUCCUCUUAUCUUCUCAAUGGGCUGGUAACCUCACCAUCCCUCGCAGUUAUCCGCCACUCCAGAACCCUGAGAAAGACAGAAAUAGUUAAGAAAAACAACAAGACACUUCUAAACUGACCCUCGCUCCACCUGAGGGGAGUUUGGCAUGCCUCCUCACUCCAGCUGAGUGAGUUGUAGUAAGUGGAAGCAGAAGAGGGAUCCCUUGUUAGCACACCUUCAGAAGGAGAUACAGCUCCUCGAGAGGGAGCCCAGAGAGGAUCAGUCAUGCGUUUCCAUUUUGCGUUGACGCUGCAGGCGCUGUGGACUGGGGUUUGCCAGGCGGCCAUGCAGCACUACCCUGCAGCGUGGGGCCACUACGAUGUGUGUAAGUCCCAGGUUUACUCAGACGAAGGCUUAACCUGGGACUACAUGGCGUGCCAGCCUGAGGCAGCAGACAUGACCCAGUACCUGAAAGUUACUCUGGAUCCCCCCAACAUCACGUGUGGAGACCCUCCGGAGACAUACUGCGCCCUGGAGAACCCCUACAUGUGUAAUAACGAAUGUGACGCCAGCACAGAGGAACUCGCCCACCCUCCAGAGCUCAUGUUUGACAUCGAGGGCCGUAACCCCACAACUUUUUGGCAGUCCACAUCUUGGAAGAAGUACCCGAAGGCCCUCCUCGUCAACAUCACACUAUCUUGGAACAAGACCAUCGAGCUGACCGACGACAUCAUCCUCACCUUUGAGUCUGGCCGGCCUGAGCAGAUGGUCCUAGAAAAGUCGCUGGAUUAUGGACGCACCUGGCAGCCGUACCAGUUCUAUGCCACCGACUGCCUGGAUGCCUUCACCAUGGAGCCCAAGACGGUGCAGGACCUGACUCAGCAUACCCUGCUGGACAUCAUCUGCACCGAGGACUACUCACGAGGUUAUGUGUGGAAGUAUGACAAAACAGUGCGCUUUGAGAUCAAGGACCGCUUUGCGCUGUUUGCUGGGCCCCGGCUUCACAACAUGGCUUCGCUUUAUGGCCAACUGGACACUACCAAGAACCUGCGGGACUUCUUUACCAUCACAGACCUGAGAAUCCGUCUGCUCAGGCCUGCCACAGGCGCUACCAUGGUUGAUGAGAACAACCUGUCCAGAUACUUCUAUGCCAUCUCUGACAUCAAAGUCCAGGGCAGGUGCAAGUGCAACCUUCAUGCCAACAGCUGUGUAUAUGACAAAGAGAAGUUGAGCUGCGAGUGUGAACACAACACCACCGGGCCUGACUGUGGCCGCUGUAAGAAGAACUACCAGGGGCGAGCGUGGAGUGCUGGCUCCUACCUGCCCAUCCCCAAGGGCACGGCUAAUAUCUGUAUUCCUAAUAACAUUGGUCCAGUUAUUCGGCCGAAUGUGUCAUCCCUAGGUGUCGCUAACCGAAAAGAAGUAGCUCCUCAAGUUGCAUUGUCCACUGCCCCUUCUGUCCACGUUGCAAACAGCAAGCGAGACUGCGAAUGCUUCGGCCACUCCAACCGAUGCAGCUACAUCGAGCUGCUAAACACCGUCAUUUGCGUGAGCUGUAAGCACAACACUAGGGGCCAGCACUGCCAGCUAUGCAAGCUGGGCUACUACCGCAAUGCCUCGGCAGAACUGGACGAUGAAAAUGUGUGCAUAGAGUGUAAUUGUAAUCCCUUUGGCUCAGUCAGUGAUCGCUGUAAUGGCACAGGAUUUUGUAUAUGUAAGGAGGGCACUACAGGGCCUAAGUGUCAGCAGUGUCUACCCGGCUAUUUGUGGGACGAUGGCUGCAAAUCCCGGGUGUGUGACAACGAGCUCCUGCGCUGCCAAAAUGGCGGGGUGUGUAUCAACAACGUCCGCUGCAGCUGUCCCUCAGACUUCUCAGGCCUGCAGUGCGAGAAGCCCCGCUGCGAGUCAGAGCUGGGGGGCUGUGGGGGCCCAGACUCGGGCCAGGCCCCCCUGACGCCUCCAUCAUCCCCCAGGCUGCUGCUGCUGCUGCUGCUGCUGGGCUCGGCACUGCUGAGAGAGGCCUCCUGCUGGCCCGCCGUGCUCUAAAGAGACCCAUGACCUGGGGGGAGUGAUACACUCGCCGCCGCCUCCACCUUAAACCUUCCCAUUCCCCCUUUCAGAUAAUCAAAAACCAUUAAACAAGAACAACCAUGAGCUUUCUGGACUGUACUGUUCUGAGCUUCUCCGCCGCCAGACUCAAUGGACACUCGCGCUGACAAUAAAGGGAAUGUGCCAGACAAAGAGUGCAAAAACUUUUCAUUUAAUUUCAAAGAAUAUAUAGAAAUGAAAAAACAUAUACUUCUAAAAAUGCCAGAUAUUAUUAAAAAAAAGAGCGUUUGCCUAAUAAGAGUAAAAUGUGCAGAGAACAUUGAGACCCCCUCCCCUUCUAAGCCAUACCAGGUACUUGAGCUCCUUCCAGUUUUGAGAAGGGAUAACUGAAGAUGACAGACUCGUUCACUUCCUCCCUUAUUGCCACGGCAACAACAGCUGCGACCAAUCAGCUCUCGAACGAGCCGGCAGUGGCCGCCGAUCCCCCCGGGACGCUUCUGCGAGUUAAUGUUGGCUGGACUGACGCCGAAGAAAUCUCAAAGAAACUGUCCCUGCUGAAUGGCUGACUGACUGGCCUCUGAAUCAUAACCGUUAUACUUCAACACAGCGACAAACACAAAGAGGAGAACACACAGGAAGCAUUCUUUGCUGUCAGUGCAUUGUGGAUAGAAGGAAAUCUGUCCGGACUGCCACUUUGUGACACAAAAACCUCGCCCACGUCGAUCCCUCUCUAGCUUUCUGUCUCUCCUUCGAGCUCUCUCUCAUCCUCCCUCCUGUUCAUCCUCCCUCCCUUUCCUCCCUCCGAUCCCAAACCCCUGACGCCAUGCUGCCACAGACCUGUGCUUUCGUGAACGUUACUCUGUAAACCCUUGUUGGUUGAAAGAUUCUUUUGUCCGAUGUUAGUGAUGCACAUGUGUAAGAAGCCUCUCCCCUCCUCCUUUCCCCUCUUGCAAAAAGAUACUCCAAUAAAGCUGUCUGAUUCUGUUUCUAUUUUAGAGCCGCCACGCUCCCUACGAUCAUGGUCCGAGGAUAGUUUUCACCCGAGCAGACGAGAGGUGCAUAGAAAAACAUUGGUGUAUUUGCAAGUUCUUUUCUCGACAGAGCAAAACAAAAAAAGAGUCAUGUAGUCCUUUUGUAUCUUUGCCGAACUGUGAUUGAAAAAAGGCAACCUUUAAUGUAUCUAUUUAAAACAUCCAAACGCAGAAGCAAUGGUUUAUGGUUUCCUUUUCUUUUGAGUUCCAUUUCUUUCACUCACUUACUUUUAUUUGUUAAUAUUACUUUUAGUUGUGCAGUUGAUUUUCCUUUGUAUUGGCAACGUGCUGGCAUCAAAGAAUAUCAGUUUACAUAUACAGUAUUAAUAAAGUGUAAUAAAAUCCCACCAAAGGACAUUAUAAAUGUUUUGUUCUUGCUUUAACACUUGAGAAUUUAAGUGAAUAAAAGUUUAAAAAUUAAA